CCUCGCUUCGCCAUGGACGUGUUGCUCGCCUUGUGCACGCGUUCCCGUCGCCGUCGGAACCCCAACGCCAGGCUCCGCGUUGGCUGCCGGGCUUGCGGCGGCUGCGGCGGCCGGGACGGCGCCAUGGCCGGGCUAGAGCUCCUCUACCACUCGGUCUCCCCGGACAUCUCCAGCCCGCAGGACGCCUUGAUCUGCUACUUGCACUGGAAGCUCAUCACGCAAGGCUUCCGCUGCCUCGGUGCCGGCGAGCAGCCAGGCGCCAACGAGAGGAAGUCUGAGAUGCUGCCUGCCGGGUGGAACGCAGACAGCGACCUGUUCACCCUCCGUUACAGGAUGAAGGACGAUUCCCGCGACCUCCUGCUGAAGGGGAUCAUGAUGGACGGCAGCAUCAUCCUUAAUGCCAUGGAUCCCAAGUCGCAGAAAGUGACAGCUUUGACCUUGAAAGUGUCCGACUUCGUCAACCCGGAACACCUGGCUGAUUUUGACAAAGUGUACCAGAACACUGAGGAGCUACAGACGCAGGUCACGGCCCACAUCGUCUCUCCCUUCGAGGCGGCCAAGGAGAGGAGCGUGGCCAAGGAGGAGCCCAGGCGCGAGCGGAACCCGUCUCCUCCCAACCCACCUGACCACGACCCGCUGUGGAUUCCGCCUCGGCAUCCCCACGGCAGCCGGCAGCCCAACUGGCCAGACCCCAUGGGGCCCUUCGCAGUUGGAGGAGAAGAUCUGAACCCCUUUGGGAGCCGGAGCGGUGGGAUGAUCAUGGAUCCGCUUCGUUCGGGGUUUCGAAAUCCCAUUAUCGACCCGUCUUCAGGACUCCCCAGCAGGCUCCCUCCAGGAUCUGUGCCUCCAGGUGCCAGAUUUGACCCCUUUGGGCCCCCUGGGGCAAACCGGAGUGGGCCAGACCCCGACCACCUGCCACCGCCCAACUACGACGACAUGUUCAUGUGAGGACUGCCGAGGCCUUGCUCCCCUCGGGUUGAUCGGCGCUCGUCUCCGACCCCCAAGCGUUUGGGGCACGGGCUUCCGUCUGCAAGGAGGCCGCCAUCCUGUCUCCUGCUUUGAUUUCCCACCACAUAAACCGGAAGAGGAAGGCG